AGAAACACUGAAUAAACUGAACGCUGCCUAUCUUCAUGGUUUGUGUACAGAGCAUUUUGCAUUUAGAAAGGUACAACAGAAGUGUUAUGGGGCCACCCUGCGGUUCAUGGUCGUGCAGGGACAGGGACGAAGAUUCUGGGGAAGAGCAAGGUGAAGAAUCUGGAGUUUUGAAAGUAUGGGUAGAGGACACUGUUUUCAUCGUAGACAGAGCCGUCCUUGGGCAAAACUUUGAGUAUUUUCGAGCUCUCUUCCGCUCGGGGAUGAAAGACAGCCAGCAGAACGAGUUUCACUUGCGAGGGGGUCUAAAAGCGAGGGGUUUCCUCAUCGCUUUGGCCGUUUCCAGGGGUGAGCGGCCUGUUAUCCAGGAUCCGGAUGAGAUUGUGGACGCCGCUGAAUGUGCAGCCUUCUUGCAAGUGAACGUCUUGGUUCAGCACUUAAUAGAAAUCCUUGACACAGACAACUGCAUUCUUCUGUACCAUACAGCAGCGGUGUAUGGAUUGUGGAGGUUGUUUCAUAGUGCUGCUGUGUUUAUCUGCGAUGCUUCCAUUGACCUGCAGGAUGCUGUCAAAGUGCUGCCAGAGGAGAUGAUUUGCUACGUUGAGUCUCUUUCACCUGCAUCGUUCGUCGCUCUGGGCACCCAUUCGCCAUCCAUGAAGAUGCUUCAGGACUCCUUCAGGACAGUCUUCUACCUUGAUGAGAAACUGGGAGCUUGGAAAUACCUGACUGAUUUACCGACAGACGCCAGCACCUCCAUGGCUGGUGUUGCUGUUGUGGAAAAUCGGUUGUAUAUCGUUGGUGGGGUUCGAGGAGUUAGCAAGGAGACCGUAAACUGCAGCUAUUCUUACGACACAGAAACCAACACUUGGAAUGAGUUUGACGGCCCACUGCAAUCGAGGUACAACUUCACCUUAGUGGGCCACAACGGACACUUGUACGCAAUCGGAGGUGAAUUCGAUAAAAGGAUCAUGUCCUCAGUAGAGGCCUGUGACGUUUCCACAGGUGUUUGGACGCUUUGCAAGCACACACCACGUUCGGUGGCUGCAGCCGCGAGCGCUGUUGCCAGGCGUAGGAUAUUUGUGUGCUUUUGGAAGCCUCCAGACACUACAGACAUCUACGAAUACACACCGGUCAAAGAUGAAUGGACGCUGACCACCACUAUGGUCAAGCCUCAGAGUUAUGGACACUGUAUGGUGGCUCACGGUGACAACUUGUACGUUAUGAGGAACGGCCCGUGUGAUGAUUUUUUACGCUGCCUAAUGGACUGCUACAACAUCACCACGGGCCAAUGGACGGCCAUGCCGGGACACUACGUUAACAGUAGGGGCGCCCUCUUUACCGCUAUAGUAAGGGGGGACUCUGCAUUUACAGUGAACCGCAAUUUAACUCUGGAAUAUCAUAUUUGCGGUGAUCAGUGGAAGCCCCGCAGACAGAUGACGGGGUUCCCAAAAAGUGGCUCACUUUGGACAUGUUUACUCCGACUGCCCAAGAGCAGAGAUACACAGGAGGGCAAUGAUGCAGAGGAUACAAUGGAGAUGGAUGGUGAUGGGGAAACUGUGGAAGAUCUUGUAGAGGCUAAACAGCCACCCUAGGACUUUUGGAUAUAUAUGAUAUUUCAUUUUUUUCGGUAGUCACAUAUAGCUCAUCCAAAGAGGAAAAUUAUGUUCUUUUUUACCAUCAUGUCAUUCAAAACAUGCAUUAGCAUAUUCAACUUAUUUUGUGUGGUUUCACAAAAGAAAUAAUGACAGAACUUUCAAUUUGAGGUGAAUUAUUUCUUUAAAUAAUUAAAAUGCACAACUGCACAAAUGUCUUCUGUAGUAAAUGUCGCUAUACAUCUGUGUAUAUUCACUUUGGCAAAUGAGAGAAGUCCAAUAAAUAAGCAGGUGUGAACAUGUCUUGCCUCAUUCCCAAACACUCUUGUGGACGUGCACACGUGUUACUGCUCUAACUGCGGUUCUUCGGCCUCUAUAAACAGCUCGCCGAUCACUUAAGCAGCUGCUGUUAAUCAGACCCAGCACCCCGCAGAAGGGUCUGAAGUUCAAAGUCUUCUCACUGGAGAGCUUUAAUACCCUCCAUCCUGCUGUCUGUCUGACUGACUGCUCACUCCCACUGCACCCUGGGAUUGAUACAGGAGCUACAAAGCAUCUCAACGCACCACGUAGACAACAUAGCAUCACUUUUUGCUUCUUUUCUUACAUUAUUAUCAGAAAACAUGAGGUCAAAAGGACAAAAGCUAAUGCAUAAUGCAAAGUAAAUGAUAACAUAUAGUGUAUUUACAUCAGUGUCUUGCAAUAAAAUUUGUGAGAUCA